UUUCUUCUUCUUCUUCUUCUUCUUCUUUUUCUGCUUCUUCCUCGUAAAAACCAUCUGCUUUUCUCUUUGUUUAUAGCUGGUCUCUUUGUUUAUACUAGCUAGUCUUCGUCAGAUCUUACAGAAAUGAAGAAGGUGGUACUCAAACUUGAUUUGCACAAUGACAAGGAGAAGCAGAAGGCGUUGAAAGCAGUGUCUAGCCUUUCUGGCAUUGAUUCCAUCGCUAUGGACAUGAAAGAGAGGAAGUUAACUGUGACUGGCAAUAUCGAUCCGGUUGAUGUGGUGAACAAGUUGCGGAAAGGUAACUGGCACACUGAGAUUUUGACAGUUGGGCCAGCCAAAGAAGAGAAGAAAGAUGAUAAGAAAGAUGGAGGAGCUAAUAAGAAAGAUGAUGAUAAGAAGAAGGAAGAUGAAAAGAAGAAGCAGGACCCUAAUCAACAAAUUGCUGAACUUGUGCGAGCCUAUCAAAACUAUAAUCCACAUAUGACGAAGUACUACUAUGUGCAGAGCGCAGAAGAAAACCCAAAUGCAUGUGUUAUUUCUUAAUUAAUUGAGGAUCUGGGAGGUGUUUAUAAAGCAAAGACAGAUUAUAUAUGGUGGUGGUGUGUACAUUACAAGUAAAAUUAGCUUAAAUAAGUGUUUGAGGUUAAUUACUGCAUUUUGGUACUGAGAUUGAAACUUGGUUUCAGUUUUGCUGUUAAUGGUGUUGGUAUGAAUUGAUUAAGCUAAUCAAUGAAAUCCAUCUUUCUUUUUCCAG